GUUGAGUGCUCGCACUGCAACUAAGAGAAACAAAAAAUAAUUGCUCGAUAAUAGGUAAGAAAUACAAAUUAAUUGUUCUUAACCUUUUUCAAACCUUUAUUUUUUUAGCAUGGUGCAAAGAGAAGCACAUUCAGACACCUCUUGAGAAGAUGACGCUUGGUCAACUGGAUGCAAAUCUCCGCAGGUUUUAUCCCGAAGCACGAAAGACAACCGGCGAGAUGUACAGCAAGAAAACACUCCUAGGCUUUCGACAUGCCAUUGAGAGAUAUAUGAAUCAGCCUCCUUUAAACCGUGGUUUGAAGCUCUCAACUGACCCAAGGUUUAACCGUUCAUAUGAGAUGCUUGAUGCCCAGCUAGUUCAAAUGAAGCGAAAAAACAAGGAGGAUACACAACAUAAACCAGUCAUAGAAAACCAAGAUCUAUUGAAGUUGAAAACUUCCAAGGCUCUCUCCCUUAAUGAUCCAUGGAGUAUGUUAAGGAAUGUCUGGUUCCAUUUGAUCUUGUUUUUCUGCCGGAGAGGAAGAGAAGGCCAGCGAGAGCUAAAGACAUCAAGCUUGAAGUUUGAAGUUGUGCAAGCGGGCGACCCUACGCUACAAUGGCGCACGACGAAUCGACCAAGAACCACCCGGGCGGCAUAAAUGAUGUAAACUCCUCAGAGAAAAAAGCUCGAAUGCAUGAAACUGACUAUCCAAACGACGGCUACAAAGCUCUGCGCUUGUAUUUGUCAAAGACCAAUCCAAACUGCGAAUCCCUCUUCCAGUAUCCGAAGAGAAAUUGGUCCCCAACAGACGACGUGUGGUACGAAAACAGGCCCGUUGGCGUCAAUAAG